ACUCACUUCAGUCACUCCUUAUCUGCAACAAUGCAAUUCAUCAUUCAUUUGCGAGUGGCGUUGGGCUUAUUGGCCAUUGGGUCUGCUGUCGCAAGCCCUUGCAAGCCUCUCUCAGCCACAACCACUUCUGCUAUCACCUCUGCUGUCACUUCGGAGGCUUCCACCGAGACUUCAUUGGUCACUUCUCAUGCAUCCAGUACUGAAGAUGUCGAAGCCACCUCCUCCACGGUAGUUGAAUCGUCUACCGAUGCAUUCAUCUCUUCAACUGAGACGACUGCCUCGGCCGAAACGUCAGAUUCAUUCAUCACCAUUGAGACAUCUGCAGCCACAACCACCAUGGACUACACUGCGGAGACCACAACUGCUGAACCAACCACCACCGACGCCACCACCACCACCGUGGCUGAGACAACAUCAUCCGCAGCCAUCCCUACCUUCACAAUGUUUGCUUCCGGCUCAAACGCCGUGGCAGGUAACAGUCUCGAGACUUACGACCGCGACAGCACCGUGGCCGUAUUCGACCCCGCCACCGAGGACGACAAUCCCUCAGCCCGACAAUAUUCCAUCGACUCUCAAGGCAGGAUCGUAAAUGACCUCGGCUGGUAUCUCUGUGGGUAUUAUGGUGCGACGAACGAGGAACUGAACAAGCCUGCUACUGUUGUGACUUGCCAUACCCAGAUUGCCUUGCAGACGGCUUUCCUGACGUGCGAGUUGUCUGGUCCCUUUGGUAUCGAGUGCUCGGUCCCGGCGAUGUCUUGUGUGUCGAGCGGAUCUUCUAGUAUGCCUCCGACGUGUAUACCUUCUACAGGUGCUUGGAGCUUGAAUUCUGUCGGUGUUCGAGCGCUUGGCCACACUUGGCAGAUUGGAGGUAGUGAUACGCCGGCUAAUUAUGAGCGUAUGACUAUGAGCAUCCGGGAAGUUCGAGCGUAGGAGGUAGAAGUGAAUAGUUAGGUUUACCUUAUACCUAUGAAGAACCUUGAUCAGAUUUUGAAACGUCGGGUACGGAAAUGUAUAAGUAUAGUAUAAAAUAUGAGUCU